CCACCUCGCCCGCCCGCCCCGCAGCCACUGCCUUCCUGCCUGCCAUUAUUUCUUCCUCCUCCUCGCUGUCCAUCCGUCCGUCGGUCUCCUCUGCCCGCCCGCCUGCCAUCAUUUUCGCCCCGCCCAAGCUGGGAGCAGGGAGGCGGUAAGCAGCAUGCUGGGAGCGAGCGCCAGCAGGGGCAGGAAGGCGGCGCCGCCAUCAGUGAAGCUGGGGGCGGCGAAGGAGGCGCCGGCGACCGUGGCCGCAGCCGCCUCCGGCGGCAAGGUGUCGGCGGAGGAGGUGUGGGAGGUGCGGCCCGGCGGGAUGCUGGUGCAGAAGCGGGGCGGGGCGGCCGACGACGAGCCGUCUCCCGGCGUCAAGCCGGUGCGCACCAUCCGGGUCAAGGCCAAGCAUGCCGGCGUCACGCACGAGAUCUACGUCAGCUCCGAGGCCUCCUUCGGGGAGCUGAAGAAGCUGGUGGCCGCCAAGACGGGGCUGCACCCGGACGACCAGAAGGUGCUGUACAAGGACAAGGAGCGCGACUCCAAGGCGUUCCUGGACGUGGCCGGCGUCAAGGACCGCUCCAAGGUGGUGGUCGUGGAGGACCCGGAAGCCCGCGCGCGCCGCCUCAUCGAGGAGCGCCGCAACGGCCACCUCCAGAAGGCCGCCAGCGCCGUCGCCGCGGUCACCGCCGAGGUCGACAAGCUCGCCCCCAAGGUGGCGGCGCUGGACGCGUCGGUGCGCAAGGGGGAGAAGGUCGCGGAGAAGGACGUGGUGCAGGUGACAGAGCUUCUCAUGAACGAGCUGCUCAGGCUCGACGCCGUGGUCGCCGACGGCGACGUCAAGGCGCAGAGGCGGAUGCAGGUGAAGCGCGUCCAGAAGUACGUGGAGACGCUGGACGCGGUGGCGGCCAGGAACGCCGCCACCGUCCGCAAGUCCGGCGCCAAGCCAGCACCGCCGCCGCCGCAGCAGCAGCAGCAGCAAGCGAGGCAGGCGCGGUGGGAGAUGCUGGACCUGCUGUCGUCGCUGCCGUCCACGUCCUCGGCCUCGUCGACGACAACCGUGAGCUCCACGGCGUCCUCCGGCGCGCCGCCGACCAACCGCCUGGACUGGAUGCUGUUCUGACGGGCGGGCGAGUGCAGGGCAGCCCGGCGCCGGCCGGCCACCGGCGCGAAAGCAGUCAAGCCGGAUGUGGGGGAAAGCGGAAGGCGGAGUGCAGAACUGCAGAUGCGAUGCUUGUGUGCCAAGAAUUGCACCCCCUGCAGAAAUCUGGUGGCCUCCAUGAUUGGGCACGGGCUACCUAGCUUGGCCACAAACUGCAUUGCUCUGCAUGGUACCGUACCAGCCAACUCGAUUCAUCAACCAUGUCUUCUUCUUUCAUUCCUUUUGAGAUUCUUUCCUUUUUCCUCAUCUUCUUGUUCAUGAAACGUUUGAGGUUCUUUUUGUGUGCAUACUAUUCAGAUAGACAGAGAGAAAGAGAGAGAGGGUUGGUUACUUGGUUUAGGGCAAAUCAAAUGUAUUCAGAUUGGGAAUAAACACACUACUGGAGUC